AUGUUUUUAAAACACCUAGACCUCACUACUGCUUUGAGGCCAUCCUAUUUGCCAGAUGAGGUCAACCUCUUUGUCCAAGAUAAUGUUGGGCUUUAUGAGGGGAAAUAUAAAAUCCCAGAUCAUCAGAAUGGUCAAGUCUACUUGACAUCACAUCGAAUAUGUUAUGUAGAUAAUGAUGACCCACGGAGGAAUUCCACGGCAAUAGAUCUCAAAGAGGUUGAUCGCUAUGAAUUUUAUGCUGGCUUUUUGAAAUCGUCCGCCAAGAUUACUCUUGUUCCGAAACCUUCGAAACGGUCCUCUGUUCAAAAUCGAGUGUUAGCCGGCCUGCAUUCUCCUCCCAGAAGUGCAACAACGUCUCCAUUAUCCCGAACUGAUAGUCCAUUCCAUCUGCCAACUCCCGAGCCCUCACCUGCGAGUAGUGCCACAUGGAUUUGUCCUAUUUGCUCUUUCUCGAAUCCUGUGCCAUCAAAUUUCGAUCCAGUCACAUCCAAUACAAAUACUCCCCUACCUCCAUGCUUAGCAUGUGGUAUCAAACCUCCGUUCUCUCAUGUCCUCAAAGCAGCCAUAUCCAGUGCUGGCAAUCGACCGGCACCAUCCUUCACAAUACCGAUUAAGACACCGGUACCAGUGAGGGGCCGUUCCGAUAUACCUCGCCCACAAUCUGAUCUUUGGGAUGUAUCUUCGAGAAAUUUUGGAGUUGAUCAAGGAGGACCCUCUUCGGGUCAGAUCAAUGAGCCAUCUUUUGCUUGUUCACGAUGCACUUUUCUGAACCAUCCCUCACUUAUGGCCUGCGAACUUUGUGGAGCACCUCUCCUGUCCCAAGAUCUCCCAAGUAAUUUGAAUCCCUCACAACGACGUAAAGUGUCACCAGGUCCAACGCUUAAUCAUUUACCAGCGCCCGGUACGGAGACUAAUGAAAGCAUUAAACUAUCAUUUCGCGGGGGUGGCGAAAAGGUUUUCCUCGAACGUCUCAAGGCAUGCAUGACACAGCGUAAAUGGCUUCUUCAAGAUGCUCCGCCCGUACCCAAACCCAAUCGCCAUGCUAGGACGGAUAGUGGAUCGGGUUCCGGUACUUCCACACCAGGUGGCGAGCGAGCAAAAACGGUUGGGAUAGCAGGCCUAGAACAGAUGCGUCUUGAAGUUCGCAAGAACAAUGAACUUGUCAUAGGAAAUGCUUUUGAAGAUCUUGACGCAUUAAUGGCCUCAGCUAAAGAGAUCAUUGCUCUUGCAGAAUCUUUCUCGAGCUGUAAUGGUACAAAUGGAAACACUGAGUCCAAUGCUGUUGCGAGCGCUCUUGGUUUGGUCACCACGAAAGAGAUGCUUGGUAGUGGAAGCAAUUCCGAGUCAUUAUAUAUUUCAGAAUUGUCAAGGAAUCUUGCAGAAUUCCUCACAGAUGAUGCUAGAGGAGUUUUGCGCAAGACUGGGGGUAUAAUCAGUCUGGUCGACCUGUGGGCUACUUUUAACCGUGCUCGAGGUGGUGUUGAACUUGUUAGCCCUUUGGAUUUCGAAAAGGCUGCAAGAUUGUGGGAGAAGCUAAAGCUGCCAGUACGAUUGAGGCAGUUUCGAAGCGGGGUUCUAGUGGUUCAGGGCAGUGAUAGAACUGAUGAAAAAACUAUCAAGACUUUACUAGCAUGGCUAAGAGACUUGCACGUAUUUUUUCCAGAGAAGGAGGUACCUUGGGACUGGCAGGAAUUUGGGCAAGGCGUCACAUCACAAGACGCUGCAGAACACUUUGGAUGGAGUAUUGGGGUUGCGGAAGAAGAGCUUGAAAUGGCUGAGCAAAGAGGGGCUUUAUGUAGGGAAGAGAGUAUAGAAGGGGUAAAAUUCUGGGAGAACUGGAUCGACUCAAAACAGUCUCCACCACCGAACCUACAGCUUGCCGACGUGGGAAACCUUGCCGCCAGCUACGUAUAA